AUUUUUCGCAUAGAAAAAUAAUAAUCUAACCUCAAAAAUUAAAAACGUCAAUGAAACGUCAAUUUUCGCAUUGUUAUUACGAUGUAAAUAAAGGUAGUUUGUGGUAGUUUCUUUUUAAGUUUAUCAAAACGGUUUCUUUUUGCAAUUUUUAACCUAAUUGAUCUUCAAUUAAAUCGAUUUUAAAAGAUGGAUAUCGAUAAAUUUACCGAUUGGGAUCCAGCGAAUGAUCGGGAAGCUGAUAACUUAACACCCACAGCUAAUUCUCGCAUAAGAAGGGAUUUAAUGGGGUUAUACACUGAACCACCACCAGGAAUUUUUGCUGUCGGCGAUGAAACGAAUUUAAAAUUCGUUUACGCAUUGAUUAUUGGACCAAUGGGGACACCUUACGAAGGAGGAUUUUUUUAUUUUAUGCUCAAAUGUCCUAAUGAUUAUCCGUUACAACCGCCUAAAGUAAAAUUUUUGACUACGGAUGGUGGAAAAUGUAGAUUUAAUCCUAAUUUAUAUAAAAAUGGAAAAGUUUGUAUCAGUAUUUUAGGUACUUGGACGGGUCCAGCAUGGAGCCCUGCACAACAAUUAACUAGUUUAUUGGUUACGAUUCAAAGUUUAUUAACAGAAAAACCUUUCUUUAAUGAACCAGGUGUUAAAGAAAAUACUCCUGGCGAUGCAAGUAGAUACAGUGAUAUAGUUACUUAUAACACAUUAAAAAUAGCUGUUUGUGGAAUGGUUGAUAAUGAAUGUCAUUUACACAUCCCUUCAAGACUGAAAGAAAUUAUUAAAAAGUCGUUUUGUAAUUAUUACGAACAGUAUAUGCACAUUAUCGAUGAAAAAAUGCAUUUGGAUGGUUACGUUUACAUGGACCCAUUUUCAAUGGAAAAGGUCAUAUUUAAUUACAAAGCUUUAAAAGCCAGAUUCCAAGCAAUACACGCAAGAAUUUCAUCCCAAAUGAACACAACAUAAGUUGUAAUAAUGUAUUAUUCGAUUACGUUUUCGUUUAUAUUUUGUGUUAAGUUUUUUUUUGAAUGUAUUUUUUGUAUUAUUAAGAUUAUAUACUAAUGAAUACACACAUCCAUUAUUUUAUAUUUCAAAUAUCUAUGUAAAUAAUUAUACAGAAAUGUGAAUAAACAUUUAGUUCAACCUGAAA